CGUGACAGGUAUGGCAAGAUCGGAACAAAAUAUACAUCUAGCAGAACGCUUUCACAUUCGGUAGUCGGCGACGCGAUGGCAACAAAAAUCGUAGUUGUGAGUAACACUCGGUGCUGAUCACUUCUUCCAAAUCACAGUUUUGAGUUUAGUCACAUUGAUAUCUGAAAUUAAAGUUAUGUUAGUUACAAUGAGUGCGUUCCUUGUGUCAAUGGUUGAACUGUCAAACAUAUUUUCAGUUUUAGCACUUUUGAUAUGUUUUUGUGCUACGAUUUUAUUUAUAAUGAGCAGAAACAUGACGAUGUUCCGGCUGAACGGUGACGAGUUGAUGUUCGGCACCUCGGUGCACCACAUACAACAGCACAUACCUCAGAUGAAGAUGAUGAAAGUGCAUAUACCCUUCACCUUCAAGCUGCUAGAGUCCACUAAGCCAUCCUACUCGGGAUCACCCACAGGUAUGAGCUUCACGAGUUCUGGCAUCCAAACUGCAAUAAAUCUGCUAGAUUUGCAGUGUGUGAUAUCAAGUCAAGUUCCUUACACACUACAGGCCUUCUGGGGAGUUUCUAUCAGAGAGCUGCACCUUUUCCUAUGGAGACCUUGGAGUGUACUGCAAAAGGAAGUUGAACAAGGAAACUUACUGCAGGGUUUCUAUCAACAGAAGGGAGUAGUUGUACACAAGUCCAACCAUGGAGAUGAACUGUUUACACUGCACUUGCCUCAGCCAGAGCUUGACUUGGGUACUCCACCACGCCUGUGUUAUCCUCUGGUGGUUUUCCUGAUAAGGAAGGACAGUCACACAAUGCAUCCUGAUGAGACGGUGGCUUUAAUCAAUGUAAUUCACAUAAAGGAUUCUGUUUGUACAUUGCCAACAAGUAUUCUUGCUCAGUAUCUGAAGCAAGCAAAUGGUCAACUCUCCUGUUUGAAGCAAUUAUAUCUAGCAACUGGUAAUCCUCUCACCUACGAUGAUGAACAUCCUACACAGUCUCCUGCAGUAGUGUGUACAGAAGAUGAAGUAGGAUCAGUGUGGCAGUCUGCAGGGGAACAACUGUGUGUUGUAUGCCAACAUUUUCCCCUUUCAAGAGCUCUUCUACCUUGCCGCCAUACCUGCAUCUGUGCCAGCUGCUUUGGUAAACUUGAUCGCUGCCCAAUGUGUCGCAGUCCAAUACGCAGCUACUUUUGCAUACGAAGUGAAGAGUACAUGCCUGUUGAGCCAGGAAUCAAGCCAUCUGCAAAGAUGGCACAACCAAUGCGCUGGCUUCAUGAUCUCAAUGACCGCCUUACAGAUUUUUUAGGAUUUCAGCGGUGAAAUCUGUGGAGUGAAAAAGAUGUUACCAUUUGAACUGAAACUGCGAUUUGUGGUUAUGCACUACAGUUGUAAAAUAAAGGGCACAGUGUGCCUAAACUGUAAAUACCAUUACAUAAAGGUUUCUGCUGUGUAGAAAGAGCAGGAGGGGGAAGGAGAGAGAAUGAAUGAGUGAGUGUGUAUGUGUGUGUGUUUUAUUUAUGUAGAAAGAAGUAUCCAUCAUGCAAAGUCAACCGCAGUUUUAUCUGCACUUUGCUGCAAGACUUAACAUCAUUUGAUAAACUGACCAAAUUGUUGUAUAUUUCAUGAAAUUGUAGCUACAUAUUUAAUUUCAGAGAGUGAUUUCUCUGCUUAUUACAUCUGGGGAAAUGUAAAAAUACUCUGUAGAAUGAUAUUCCAUUCAUAGACAACUAACAAGAAUGAUUGUUCUGUUUCAUAGAACAUGUAAAUAGUAGUUAAGUAUUCCUAAAA